GGAUACAGAGACUGCUUGAGCGCCAUAUUGGAGUGUAACUAACUAGCUAUUGUUAUAAAUAGGGUCGGGGCUGCUGCUGGCUGAGUUUACAUGUUUUCUACAAGUUUGUUCUAAGGAAAAGAGAAAGUUAUCGGUGGGUCAUGAAAGAAAUGUCAGCGAACAGUAACAGUAUGCAUGGCGGGCAGCAGCCUCAGAAACACUAUGGCAUUACCUCAUCCAUUAGCAUGGCCUUCCCCAGGGAGGUGGACCAUCAGUACACACACAAGCUCAGCGAGGCCAUGAAACCCUUUGGGGUGUUUGAGGAUGAGGACGAACUCAACCACAGACUCGCAGUUCUUGGAAAGUUGAAUACAUUUGUCAAGGAAUGGAUUGCCGAGAUCAGUGAAACGAAGAACCUCCCACCAUCGACGAUAACCAAUGUGGGGGGGAAGAUCUUCACCUUUGGGUCUUACCGGCUUGGAGUUCACACUAAAGGGGCGGAUAUUGAUGCCUUGUGUGUAUCGCCGCGACACGUGGAGAGGACAGACUUCUUCGACUCAUUCUUUGCGAAGCUCAAACUGCACGAAGAGAUCAAAGACCUACGGGCGGUGGAGGAUGCCUUUGUACCUGUGAUCAAAUUCAAGUUUGACGGCAUCGAGAUUGACCUGCUGUUUGCGCGGCUGGCUCUGCAGUCCAUCCCAGAUAACCUGGAUCUGAGAGGAGACUCCCACCUGAGGAACCUGGACAUCCGCUGUAUCCGCAGUCUCAAUGGCUGCAGAGUGACAGAUGAGAUCCUGUACUUGGUACCAAACAAGGAGAACUUCAGACUAACCCUGAGGGCUAUCAAGCUGUGGGCCAAACGCCGUGGGAUCUACUCCAACAUGUUGGGCUUCCUGGGUGGAGUCUCCUGGGCCAUGCUGGUAGCCAGGACCUGCCAGCUCUACCCCAACGCUGUGGCCGCCACUCUCGUACACAAGUUCUUCCUCGUCUUCUCCAAAUGGGAAUGGCCAAAUCCUGUGCUUUUGAAACAGCCCGAAGACAGCAAUCUGAAUCUGCCUGUUUGGGAUCCACGAGUGAAUCCGUCAGACCGGUACCACCUGAUGCCCAUCAUCACGCCAGCCUACCCCCAGCAGAACUCUACCUACAACGUCUCCUCUUCCACACGCACCAUCAUGAGCGAGGAGUUCAAAUACGGUCUCAGUGUUACAGAUGACAUCCUUCAGGGGAAAACCGACUGGUCCAAACUGUUCCAGCCACCCAACUUUUUCCUGAAGUACAAGCAUUAUAUUGUUCUGACUGCCAGUGCUUCCACAGAAGAAAACCAAUUAGAAUGGAUUGGUCUGGUGGAGUCUAAGAUCCGUGUCCUGGUGGGGAACCUGGAGAGGAAUGAGUACAUCACCCUGGCACACGUCAACCCCACAUCCUUCCCCGGGAACAAGGAGAGCUGUAGCGAGAACGAGUUUGUCUCCAUGUGGUUCAUUGGGAUCAUCUUCAAGAAAGUGGAGAACGCUGAGAGUGUCAACAUCGACCUGACCUACGACAUCCAGUCCUUCACAGAUACAGUUUACAGGCAGGCCAACAACAUCAACAUGCUGAAGGAUGGGAUGAAGAUCGAAGCGACACACGUGAAGAAGAAGCAGCUCCACCAGUACCUUCCUGUUGAGCUGGUGCAGAGGAAGAAGAGGAGCAUAGUGGAGCUGAACCGGAACUCCAACGGCGGGAGUUCCAAGCGGUCCUCUCUCGACGGCAGUCAGCUGGACAGUUCCAGAGACACUGACUCCGGGACUCCCUUCAGCUCUCCCACCUCCGUCUGCAAGCCGUCCAGGCCGGCCGCCUCAGACACAGACGACAGUUUGACACCCCCCAAGCUGCCAGCCUCUCUGUUUGUGGAGAGCAGCUCCUCGGUGCCAGACGUCUCGCCACCCAGGACCGAUCAGGAGAAGGGGUUGUCCAUCCCCGUCAUUGGAUCAAAGUCCAAGCCCUCUGCCCCAACGGGCCCAGUCGGUAGCACCAUUCCUACGGUAGUGGGUAGGAGCGUGGUCUCUCUCGGCACUACAGAGCAGCACCAGAACGGAUCCAAGAGACUCCACUCCCCUACGCUGGAGGAUCAGUCCAAGAGGCUGAAAGACAGCGCAGAGCCGCUGGCUGAUGUGUUGACCUUCAAGGAGCCGUUCCCUCCAUCUGGCGACGGCAGGGAGCAAGGGGACGGAGUCCAAGUGGCGAGUCCUCCAGCAGGCAGCACCAUUCCUACAGUAGUAGGCAGGAGCGUUGUACCCUGCCUGGGCUCCUCUAGAGAUACAUCCGGCCCGACAGAGCAGAACCAGAACGGAGCCACCGCUGCAGCCAAGAGACCUCACUCCCCCACACAGGACGGACCCCCCAAGAGGAUACGAGACCCUGCAGAUCUGCUGGUGUCCGGUGAUGACUCUGCAUUCAAGGAGCCGUUCCCUUUGUCUAGCGACGGCCAGGAGCAAGGGGACGGAGUGAACGUCGAAAGUCUUGGAGGGGUAAAGGCUAUGCCUAUUCCAACUAUCGACACAUCAAGAACACAGAGACUUCCCAGUAUGGAGCUGCCAGACGUGACCUCUCCCCUCCCCAGCAGUAACCACCAGCGGGUGGUUAAGAACUCCAUCAGACUAGCCCUCAAUAGGCACAGGUAACCCCAGGUAACGCCCCCCCCCCCCCCCCCCCCCCCCCCAAACCCCUUCCUUCACGAGGCCAGGACCUACAACACUGACUAGCUCCAGACCUGAGAGAUCCAAAAUCAAGACUACUGUGGUAAAACCUAGUGAGGAAGCCGAUUUUUAACUCUCCCGCUCACCCCACCCUGUCACUGGACGAUGUGCAACGACAGUCCCUUGUUCCCCCCCCCCACAAAAAAAUGUCAUCUCUGUUUCUAUGGUCCCCUUCCCAGUUGAGCCUGAAGCAGAAAUUAAAAUGCUGAUUUAAGAUUGGGUUGGAGAAGAGUUGGAUUUAUUUAUUUAUUUUUUUGUAAAUUUCCCCCCCUCUUCCUUUACUGUGUAGUUUUAAAUGGCCUUAACGUGUCGAUGCUUGCUACUACACCUGUCUGUACCAUCCUACUGUUUUGACAAAUGGGAAAGUUCUACAGUAGGUGUAGUUUAUUGUACAUAACUCGUCUUUAAAAAAUAAAAAAAAAGAAUCACAGACGUUUAGUCUUUCCAUACAGCUGUUAUAGUUUUAUGAUCUAAAAUGAAGAAAAAAAAAUGUUUAAAAAAUGUAUUGCCCCCCCCCCCACUGUUUGUCAACCACAUUACAACGUGACCUUGAUAGCCAAUCUCAGCCUUCCCACCCAGUAGACUCAGCAACUUGGGUUGUGUUCAUUUGGGCCCAACAUAUGAAAAUGUUUUGCAACAGAAACCUAAAAUGAGCAUUCCUUUUUGGAUAAGUUCAGAUGGUACCUCCCUUUUUUCUUCCUGUAUAUUCCCCCCUCUAGGUUAACAGGACCUCCUGUGUAUAUCCCUUCCUCUUGGUUAGCAGGACCUCCAGUGUAUAUCCCUUCCUCUUGGUUAGCAGGACCUCCUGUGUAUAUCCCUUCCUCUUGGUUAGCAGGACCUCCUGUGUAUAUCCCUUCCUCUUGGUUAGCAGGACCUCCUGUGUGUAUCCCUUCCUCUUGGUUAGCAGGACCUCCUGUGUAUAUCCCUUCCUCUAGGUUAACAGGACCUCCUGUGUAUAUCCCUUCCUCUUGGUUAACAGGACCUCCUGUGUAUAUCCCUUCCUCUAGGUUAACAGGACCUCCUGUGUAUAUCCCUUCCUCUUGGUUAGCAGGACCUCCAGUGUAUAUCCCUCCCUCUAGGUUAACAGGACCUCCUGUGUAUAUCCCUUCCUCUUGGUUAGCAGGACCUCCAGUGUAUAUCCCUCCCUCUAGGUUAACAGGACCUCCUGUGUAUAUCCCUUCCCACUAGGUUAACAGGACCUCCUGUGUAUAUCCCUUCCCACUAGGUUAACAGGACCUCCUGUGUAUAUCCCUUCCUCUUGGUUAGCAGGACCUCCAGUGUAUAUCCCUCCCUCUUGGUUAACAGGACCUCCUGUGUAUAUCCCUUCCUCUUGGUUAACAGGACCUCCUGUGUAUAUCCCUUCCUCUUGGUUAACAGGACCUCCUGUGUAUAUCCCUUCCUCUUGGUUAGCAGGACCUCCUGUGUAUAUCCCUUCCUCUUGGUUAGCAGGACCUCCUGUGUAUAUCCCUUCCUCUUGGUUAGCAGGACCUCCAGUGUAUAUCCCUUCCUCUAGGUUAACAGGACCUCCUGUGUAUAUCCCUUCCUCUUGGUUAGCAGGACCUCCAGUGUAUAUCCCUCCCUCUAGGUUAACAGGACCUCCUGUGUAUAUCCCUUCCUCUUGGUUAGCAGGACCUCCAGUGUAUAUCCCUCCCUCUAGGUUAACAGGACCUCCUGUGUAUAUCCCUUCCCACUAGGUUAACAGGACCUCCUGUGUAUAUCCCUUCCCACUAGGUUAACAGGACCUCCUGUGUAUAUCCCUUCCUCUUGGUUAGCAGGACCUCCUGUGUAUAUCCCUUCCCACUAGGUUAACAGGACCUCCUGUGUAUAUCCCUUCCUCUAGGUUAACAGGACCUCCUGUGUAUAUCCCUUCCUCUAGGUUAACAGGACCUCCUGUGUAUAUCCCCCCCCCCCGCCCCCUCUAGGUUGGUUAACAGGACCUCCUGUGUAUAUCCCUUCCCACUAGGUUAACAGGACCUCCUGUGUAUAUCCUUUCCUCUAGGUUAACAGGACCUCCUGUGUAUAUCCCCCCCCUGCCCCCUCUAGGUUGGUUAACAGGACCUCCUGUGUAUAUCCCUCCCUCUUGGUUAGCAGGACCUCCUGUGUAUAUCGCUCCCUCUUGGUUAGCAGGACCUCCUGUGUAUGCCCCCCCCCCCCCUCUAGGUUGGUUAAAAGGACCUGUGUACAUCCUCCCUCUUCGUUAAAGGGCCUCCUGUAUGUUCUCUCUCAAGCUUUGACACCCACUAGAAUAGAGAACCAACUCUCCUGGAGAUCUACUGGGUAAUUGUAGGCUUUUGCUCCAGCCCUGCACUAGAUUCACACACCUGAUACAGCCAACCAGGGUCCUGAGGGGCAGAUCAUUAGUAGAAUCAGUUGUUUUUAUAGUAGGGUUGGAACACAACCCUGCGUGCGGUAGGCUACUGUUCCCCAGGCAGCUCUAGAACCCAGGGAAUGUGCUGAACAUGAGGGACUGGACGGUUGUGUUGCGCUAGCAGGGUCAUGGUUGUGAAGUGGUUCACCGCUGGAUUUGUGUUACGGAAAGGGUUUCAAGCUUUUGCUGGUGUGUGUGUGUGUGUGAGGAUGUUGGUGUACAUGAGUUAGUGUGUGUGUGUGUUGUAAUUCCCUCAGUGUGGGGUGUUGAUCCUCUGCACCUCCCGUGGAGGUUCUUAAACAUGGCGUCUCCUGGGGUCAUCCUAGCCUGAGUCCCAAAAAGCACCCUAUUCUAUAUAUAGUGUACUACUUUUGGCCCUGGUCAAUAGAAGUGCCCUCUGUAGGGAAUAGGGUGCAAUUUCAGAUGCGGUCUGGUCGAGGAGUUGACCUCUCAAAUCAAAUUUCAGGACUCGUACUCACAAAAUUUCUGAGUACGAGUGCUGAUCUAGGAUCAGGUCCCCCUUGUCUAUAUAAUGUUGUUCGUUUUAAGCAAUCGGCCACGAGCGGGUGUGGUAUACGGCCAAUACUCCGCGUCUAUGGGCUGUUCUUAUGCGCAACGAGGAGUGCCUGGAUACGGCCCUUAGCCGUGAUAUAUUGUCCAUAUUCCACAAACCCCCCGAGGUGCUUUAUUGCAAUUAUAAACUGAUUAUCAACGUAAUUACACUAGUAAAAAAUAAAUGUUUUGUUAUACCCGUGGUAUACGGUCCGAUAUACCAUGGAUGUCAGCCAAUCAGCAUUCAGGGCUUGAACCACACAGCUUAUCUGAUUUUUAAAUGUCAAAACCGACUGUAGAUCAGCUGUGGUGCUCUGAGGCCCUUUUGAGUACAAGCCCUGCUCUCCGUUAAACAGUGAUCUCUCUCUCUCUCCAUUCUACCCUGGUUCGGUGUACAGAAAGCAUCUGCUGGCAUCCCAAAUGGCACCCUAUUCCCUACAUGGGGCUCUGGUCAAGAGUAGUGCACUAAAUAGGGAAAUAGGGUGUUAUUUGGGACUCACCCUAUGUAUUAUAACAGGUGUAUUCUCUUCAUAUCUUUCUGUUUUCUUAUUGCUUUGUGUGUAUUUGUACGGUUUUGUAUCAUCUGCUCUAACAGCUGAAGCCUCUCAAUGACUUUUACACCACUCGGUUUUCCAACAGCUUUCUCUGUGCUUUUUGAGAAACAAUUAAACAGGUCAUUUAUCAGUUUUUUUUUUUGUAGGGCAACAAGUUGUAUUGGAAAAAGGUAUUUUUGUAUGUAUUGUCUAUCACCUUUAAACGAGACCAUUAAAUCCAUAAAACCCCUA